AUGAAAGCUUCGGCAUUUAUCAAGAAGAAGAAUGGUGUUGACAAGCUGAAGAUUCACAUCCGGACACACACCGACGAAACGCCUUAUGCGUGUAAAACCUGUGACAGAUCCUUCAGAUCAUCCAAACAUCUUCGGAAGCAUUCUGUGCGUCACAACAAGGAUCAUAAGUGCCCGCAUUGCCCCUCCAAAUUUUUACCCAACUUAAACGAUCACAUUCGAAUUCAUACCGGUGAAAAGCCGUUUGUGUGUGAAGUAUGUGAUCAAGUAUUCAGAUAA